AACAUUAUUGGAACGUCAUUUUCAUUUGGGUGCAAAUGGCGACUUCACAUAUAUUAAGAUGAGGUUUUCGAGAAAGGAAAUUUCCAGCUUAUUGCCGUUGCGUGGUGUGUCUGGGGCAGCUAAGUGAUAGGAGGUUGAGUGGCGGCUUGUCAUAAUGGUGUGUAAAGAUGAGGUGUGCCAGUGGUUCAAGAACAAUGAGCCACAUCACCGCCUCGAGUUGCUCUGUGGCCUACUAAACAUGUGUUUACCACUUGAGCUCAAGUUUAUCAGUACAUGUGUGGAAGACCUCGGUAAGAGGGACUUCCAUGAUCUCAGGGAAACGGAAAGCAAAGCCAACAACUCUGAUGAAAUAGCCCAAUUGUCUACUGUGCUCGAUGAUAGGACGCGUAGCAAGUUGAUAGUGUGGGUUGCUCUGCUCAGCCCAAUGAAUCAUACGUGUUCGAGUCUCUUGUACCAAAUUCUCGUGGAAGCCCACCAGAGCCCCGCCGGUGCAACCGAGACCGUCAACCAUGUCAAGGAGAUGCUCCUCAUUUACACUAUGGUGUUACACCACCCUGCCUUCACGUUCGAACAGAAGCGGUGCAUCGCAGAACUGCACGGAGCCACGAAGGCUCUGGAGAGGCAGCUCGAGGCUCCCCUCAAGGAAAACGAGGCUCGUCUGGCCCAGGUCCUGUCGCCCAGUUACUCCUCUGUCACCGAUCAGGAGGCUUGUGAUAGCGGCCUGAGUGUGGGAACCGAGACAGAAGGAGACACAACAACAGAAAGCUCUGGACUGCUACCUACUCCAGUGCAGCUACAUCGCCAUUUCCAUGAACCUCACAAGCAUGAUUUAGUAGCAGGUGUUGGAGGUCAUAUAACUUCACCAUUGGUUGGAGAAAAUGGGGGAAGUCAGGAUGCCUGUAGUAGUGGUAGUGGAGAAUCAGGAGAACUGUACAAUGAUGGAGGAGCAGUUCCAACAACAUACAUAUACAAUUCAAGUAUAUUUGACCAGCAAGGCAUGGUUGCACUGAAUGAUGACUUACUGACAGUCGCACCAGGAUACCAGUGUAGCCAUCCAGGCAGCUUUCAUUAUUAUCAGUAUCCUCCAGUAAUAGGAACGCCAUCUGCAACUGUAAGUGGAGGAAGAGGACCCAUCUCUGAAGGGUCAAGUAGUGAGGACAAUGGGGGAGGAGGGGCAUUGCAUAACCGGCCACCAAUCACUACAUCUCCAUUUAGCUCUCCUCAGUCUUCACCAUAUGUGUCACCUCUUCAGUCACUUAGCCCUAGUCGUGCCUCCUCACCUUGGUCUCGCCUUAACACAACUACUACUACUACCACCACCACAACUGCAGCCACUUUACCUCUUGUAACUUCGUCUACGACGUCAUCUGUUAGUUCAUUAUCAUCAACUCCAUCAAGCCCACAGUUAGUCCAUAAAAAUCCUGCUGUUGGAACCCAGUUGAAUGAAAUGAUUCAGUCUAACAGUCCUGUAUUGACUCAGUCAUCAGCUGUCACAAGUCACGGUCAUCGUGGAAAACCCCCAGCAUCUGGCAGUCGAAGUCAGAGACAAGGAGAUCGUUCUGGUUCUCGGACUAGAAUAUCUGGAGCGCAAGUCAUUGAGACAGGAACAAUAUCAGCAAAUCAAAACCAAAAUCUUCAUAGUCCAUCCACAGCUCGUUCAGUUUCGGUUAGUUGUGGGCAUUCAAGGAAUUCUUCCUCACGUUGGCCGUCAAAUUCAUCACCUGUUGCUUUAUCUACCUCCUCCUCAACCAUUUCUAGUUCAAAAAAUAUAACACGGCAAAACAGCCUGAGUCCAUCUUUAAAUUGUGGUAAUAAUAAUACAUGUAGAACCUCAGCUGCCACAACAAGCUCUUCCGGAUGCAAAUCCCACAGUGUCAGUAGUCAUGAAGGCAGUGGGAUUACAUCAACAAUAAGUUCUUCAAGUGCCAUCACAAAUGCAAGAAACACAGUCAGCCAAGGAGGAGGAGGAAGUUUAGACAAGAACGUCCACUCAGUUUCCAACCAGUCAGGUGCUAGGCCAUCAGCUCCCAGUGAAAGCUCAAGUUCAGCCCACAAGUCUGCUGUUGACAACUCUGUUAAUAACAACAUCUUAAAUUUUGAACUACGUAAACCCGAGAAGUUUCCUAAGUGUUUUCGUAUGCUUUCUGGACUCUCCAUUGAAGAACUGAGGCGGGCGAGUGAUCGGGAACUGUUGGACAUGGGUAUGGGAAAGGCAGCUGUGGCUAAACUUCGCAGAUUUUUGCCCAGUUUGGAGACUAAUGCUAACCAUCGCCCAAAUGGAUUUUCCAAUCCACCUCCCAACCCUCUUCCACAAUCUUCUCUGCAUUCUCAUCACAUUCCUUAUUCUUUGAGUUAUGGUAGCUCACCACAAAGUAACACAAAUGUAUCUGUUUGUAACAGUUCUUCAGCAAGCCCACAGACUGCCAUAGAUCAUCCAUCUCCUUCUGGAACACCAAAUCACACAAAGCCCAAAACAUCAUGUGUUGUAGGUGAUAUUCCAAAUUCUUCUGCAGUAUCUCCUAAAAACUCUCAGGUGCCUCCACAAAAUGCUGUUCAGGUUUUUCCAUUGGAUGCAUCUGGAAAUUGUAGUAAAACAUCUGCAUUACAAGUGACGCCUCCACAACAAACUAUAUCCCUUAAUACUGCUUUGCCUUAUUCUCAGUCUUCUAAUGUGAACAAUUCCACACCUGCCUCAAAUAUUUCCACUGCUGUCUCUGAUGGAGUAUCAUCAUCUGCAGUGACUGUCACUUGCAGUAAUCCACCAGCCCCUCCUUCAACUAAUGUUGUAACUAUAACCACCACUACUGUUAGCUUCUCAGCCACCACCACUACCACAGCAAAUAUCACAACAACCACAAAUGUUACUCAGUGCCAUUCUUACACUGUAUCACCUAGUCAGAAAAUUUCUAUGUCAGUAGGGACACCUACACCAAAUACUUCUUCACAUAGUAGUACAUCUGGUAUCAGUAAUCAGGGAUCUCAUGGUAGUAGUAGUAGUAGUAGUACACACACUUCUUUCCCAGCAAGUCAGCCUCCCAGCGCUGUUCCUACAUGUGUUUCACCAUCAAAUUGUGUUCCCCAUUAUAUGAAUACACCGCCGCCUCCAAUUCAUCACAAGACUCCUCCUUUGCCCCCUGGUCAGCACCGAACGCCACCACCUCCAUUAGGUGCACCACCUCGUACCCCUUCGCGAGAACCAUCCACUUCCAGCACAAGCCCUGGUUUCAUACCUUCCAGUGGCACCCAACAUAUGUAUUUCACAAGCAGCAGUGGGUCUAGUUGUAAAGCCAGUUCAUCUAUGAGUAGCAGUAUUUCUGUAACAACACCAACCACUAUACCAAUGAAUGGAACAGGGUAUUGUGGUUCUUCAGGGAAUGUCUUGUCCAUCACAACAAGCAGUGGCUCGCAUUCAUUAGUUAGUAAUGUCAGUUUACCAGUUUACUCAUCAUCUGGAAGCAUCGCUGUUCCUCCACCUAGUAAUGGCGGACUAGUCCCCAUGGUACCCCCAGGAGGCCAGUAUCAUCCACAAACUUACUUUUACCCUUUUGUUGGUGGAGGAGCUGGACCUGGAAGCCAUCCAUACGUUCCUCCAGCCGCGUAUGCUGCUCAGCGACCAUUCUAUCUUCCUGGGUUGAACUCUUUUGCCCAUUUAAAGCCAACUCCUCCACAAUCAGGAGCCCCUAUCAUAUCAGGCAGCAGUAGCAGAGGGGGUAGUAGCAGCAGUAGCAGCAGUUGCAGCAGCUCCAGUAGCAGCUCAAGUAGCAGCAAUCGUGGAUUUAAGAAGGGCAUCCAAAGGAAUGGUCCCACUAAGGUAGCUUCACAUUCUUCAGAUUCAUCACCUUCUUCCUCCCAGUAUUCCUCUCCACCUCAGACUCCCAGUCCUGAUCACACAAGGGAAUCCAAUUUAGAAAAGCGAGGGAAAGGGCAUGGUGAUGUAACAGAAAAUAAUGAAGUAGGAGAUUCCUUGACACACAUGGGGUCAGGUGCUAGUGAAGAUGGCACCCCACCUCCUUUGCAGCCUCAGCCAAUUCACAUUAUGCAAGCUCCUACACCAUUACCAAGACACCGAUACAUGCCUUACCAACACUUAGCUGUUUGGAACCCACAAGCAGGUAUGCCAAGAUAUCCAAGUUUAUCUUUACCUACUCAAGGGCCUGGGGUAGCUCCUAGGAAUCCUGUACCUCUUAAUAGUGACAAAUCUAGCCGUGAAACUACUCCACCAGCCCCAGUAACAUUAUCGAUGGUACAGCAAGAUCCCCAGUGUUGCAUUCGCUCUCCUACAGAUGGUAGUACAGUCCCAACUACUUCCAAUGGAAGUAGUAUUCAUGGCCGCAAUGGUGGAUCACCUCUUACAGCACCUUCCCAUCAUGAAGGUCCCCUUCCUCCUCCAGCUCAUAACCCCGUCCCGAGUGUGGCCUCUGCCCCAGCUGGCCAGAUACCUCCAGGAAAUACCUGUGCUGGGGGCCCACACACCAGUGUACAGUACAAUGCUGCAGGAUAUCCUAUGUUCAUGGGAGCUCAAGUUUUCCAACAUUUUCCUGGUUUUGUUCCGUCUCAUAGUACAGCCCUUUCUAAUGGUUUUGUUCCCCCUUCUAUACCCCCAACUAAUUUUGUUUUUCCAACUGUGGGCAAUGGUAUGAAUGCAGAAUUUAUGUAUGGUCAGUAUCCACUUCUCAGUGGUACAUCUCAAAGUGGCGGAGGACCAGCUCCUGCUUGUGGAACUCCAAAUGCCAUUGGACCAUCAUCUACUCCAGGAUCUGGACUAACAGCAACCUUAACCUAUCCUCAUUUCCCUCCCACUCUGCCCCAUACACAUAAUCCGUCCGCCGGUGCCAAGAAAACUUGCUAUAACUGUGGGAAACCUGGUCACCGCGGUGCUGAGUGCAAGGAGGCAAGUAUAGAGGAAAUGUGUAAACGUACCAAGGACCGGUUGGUCUGAGUACAAAAUAUCUUGGUGCAAUAAAGACAACCAAUCAUUUUGCCAACAUUGUUCAAAGCAGGUAAUUGACUAAUACCAAAAUGGCAAGUUGCAUGCAAGAGCCAAAGAGUUGGAAAUAUGCUCAUCCAUGAUCGAGAUUAUAUAUAUACGUAAUAUGUAUGUGUGUGUGUGUGUAUAUAUAUAUA